CUGGCCUAUAAAAACAUUACUUUGUUAAUUAUCUUUCAUUGUGUGUUUGCUUGUGAAGUGCCAAAAACUCAAUUAUUUGAGAGGAAGCAGGCAUCAAAGAUGAAACUCAACUUUUGUAUUAUAUCCAAACUUCUGAUACUGCAAUGUCUAUCAGUUGCAUGCCUUUCUCAGGACUUUGAUUUCUUCUACUUUGUUCAGCAGUGGCCAGGAGCAUACUGUGACACAAGGCAGAGCUGCUGUUAUCCUAAGACUGGGAAACCUUCUGCAGAUUUCAGCAUUCAUGGACUUUGGCCUAACUACAAUGAUGGCUCAUGGCCCUCAAACUGUGACCCUGACAGUGUCUUUGAUAAAUCUCAGAUCUCAGAGCUUAUAAGCAGCAUGGAGAAGGAGUGGCCAUCUCUGAGUUGCCCAAGUAGCAAUGGCAUGAGGUUCUGGUCACACGAAUGGGAAAAACAUGGCACGUGUGCACAAUCUGAGCUUGAUCAAACCGAGUACUUUGAAGCAACUCUCAAACUCAAGAAAAAACUAAACCUCCUUAAGGUCCUCAACAAUGCAGGGAUUCAACCAGAUGAUGAAUUUUACACUCUAAAUAGCAUAAUAAAUGCUAUAAAAGAGGGCACUGGGUUUACCCCUGGAAUAGAGUGUAACAGAGAUUCAGCUCAUAACAGUCAACUCUACCAAGUUUACAUGUGUGUGGACACUUCUGGGUCAGAUUUUAUUGAGUGCCCUUUGCUUCCAAAGGGUAAAUGUGGUGAACAAGUUCAAUUUCCCAAGUUUUGACAAAAUUUAUUUCAUUAUGUUAAUCAUGUUUUUCCUUCUUAUUCUUGUCUAUCACAUGUUCACCAAUAUAAAUUGGUUGAGGUGAUUUUAAUUAGAUCAUGUCACAACCUUAAUCACACUCGCCCAUUCAUAUAAUCUCACUUAUUCUUCAUGAUGUUGUGGAUCA